AUGUAUAAAUGUUUAAGUGAUAAGGAGUGUGCAUCUUAUUAGACUUCCAAACCCAUAUUCAAUCAGCCUACACCUGAGGGUCUUUAAAGUGUAUAUUAUUAUGAAGUAAUAAUUUUUAUAUAAAGCAUCUAGGUGUCAUGUUAACAAUGUAAUUUAGGAUAUUAUGUUCCUAAAGAUAUAUAUCAAUUUGAGUAGGGCAAGUGCGAAACAAUUGCUAGGAGAUCAGAUAAAUGCUUCCAAAUAAGCAAAAAAGAUAAAAAUAAAUGUAUAGCUUGUUUACCAUGGUAUGCAUUAAAUCCUGAUGGUUAUUGCAAUCCCGAUCUUCUAAGUUGUAAUCCAAUGUGUCAAACAUGUUUGGAUACAAAUCCUCAAUUUUGUACAACUUGUGAUGGAUAAAAACUUCUAACACUUGAUGUUAUUUCAGGUACUUGCUCAUGUUAACCACCUAAUGGUUAAUAUCUUGAUAUGUGUAAACCUUGUAAAGAUGGUUAUUGUAAUGAAUGUGAAAUAAUCGAUUUUUAUUCAUGUAUCUCAUGUAAACCAGGUUCAAAUAGAAUUCUAGUGAAUAAAGAAUGCAUUUGUUAACCUGGUACUUAUGAUCUUGGAAACGAAGAUUAAAUUUGCCUUGGUAUAUUAUUGAUUCAUAUUUUAAGUUUGUGAUAAAUCUUGCCUUAGUUGUUCAUCAUUUCCAGAAUGUACUGAAUGCUUAGAUGAAAGUAUAUCUUUCAGAAUUAAAACUGAUAAUUUUUGCCAAUGUAAAAUUGGAUAUGCUGAAUAUUAAAUUAAAGACACAAUAUGCGGAUGUAUUUUCUAAAUUAAUUAAUUUAGUAUGUCAUCCAAGAUGUCGAACCUGUUUCUAAGCUGCUGAUGAUACUCUAAAUUAAUAUUGUCUAACUUGUAUUUCUGGAGAAAAUCGUAUUUUAACAGAAGAAUUCAAAUGUGAAUGCUAAGAUAAUUACGGUGAUAAUAAUGGGACUGUAGAUGUCUGUUUUAGUAAAUUAAAUUUAUCAUCAUAGUUUGCGAUUAUACUUGUGGAAGCUGUUAUAAUUCUCUACCAACAGGAUGUGCAACUUGUUUAGAAAGCUCAUAUAGAUACUUGACAAUUUUAGGUUAGUGUUUAUGUCAAUCAUCAUGUUAUGAUGAUUUAACAGAUAACAUUGAAUGCUCAAGUAAUUAUAUAUUUAUUUUAUUAUUUAAUAGAAUGUCAUUACACAUGUUAAGAAUGUGCAAACAGUCCUGAAAAAGUUGCUUGUACAGAAUGUCCUGAAACUAGAGCACCUAGUAAUCCAUCAGUUGAUAAUUAUGAGUGUGUUUGUCAAUUUUCUAACUUUUUUGAUGAUGGAUAUUCACUAAAAUGCCAAUAAUGUGAUUUCACUUGUAACACUUGUAAUGGACCACUUUCAUCUAAUUGUUUAACAUGUGAUAACUCAUAUAGAUAGCUUGACUUUUCAACAUGCAUCUGCCCAGAUUAACAUUAUGAUAUAGGAGAAUUAUAAUGUGCAAGUAUAUUUAUUAAUAAAUAUCAAUAGGUUGUCACUUUUCUUGUAAAAAAUGUUUCGAUGAUACUGAAAAUGGUUGUAUCGUUUGUUCUUCUGAUCUUCAUUUUAGAGUAUUAAAAGGUAAUUUAUGUAUAUGUGCUAAUGGAUAUUAUGAAGAACCAGAUUAAGCAAUAUGUCACAGUAAUUAUAUAAAUUAUUAAUUAAUAGAAUGCUCUUAUAAAUGCGAAACUUGUGAAACUCUGGCAGAGAAAUGUUUAACUUGUCCAUUGAAUUCUCUUCGUAUUCUAGAUCCAAUAAAGGGUUGUUUCUGUUCUGAAGAAUUAUAUGAUAAAGAAAACGAGAUAACCUGUUAAAGUAUUUAGUUUAUAAAUUAAAGAAUGUCACUUUAAAUGCAAAGCCUGUAUCACUUAAGGGGAAGAUAAAUGUCUUACAUGUGAUUCUAUUGCAAAUAGAGAACUAAAAUUGAAUUAAUGCUUAUGUAAACCUCAUUACUUUGAAAUGUAAGUUUAGGAAUGCCCAGGUAAUUAUUAAAAUUAUUUUUAGUUUGCAGUGCCUUCUGUUAUGAAUGUGUAAACAAAUUUGAUAAUUGUACUUCUUGUAAUGAUGAUAGAUAUUUAGAUGGAAGUACUUGUAAAUGCACCACUAAACUUUUUGGUAGUGCCAUAAGUACAUUUGACUUUAAUGGAUAAAUUAAAUGUUAAAGUAUUAAAUUCAACAAUAUUAGAUUGCCAUUAUUCUUGCGGAACUUGUGAUGGCAGUGAAGAAACAGAUUGCCUUACUUGUAUGGAAAAUGAGAAUAGAUAUUAAGUAGGAAAUACUUGUGUCUGUAAAGAUGGAUACUUCAAUGCAGGAAUGCCAAUAUGUGAAAGUAUUAAUAAAUUGUAUUCAUAGAAUGUGGUUAUAAAUGUAAAAAUUGUAAGUAGAAGGCAUUUAACUGCACCUCAUGUCAAGAUAAUACCUUUAGAAUUUUUAUAUCAGGUUUCAAUAAAUGCUAAUGUAUAUAAAGAUAUUAUGAUGAUGGAUAGAAUGAAAUAUGCCAAAGUAUCUAUUACUAAAAAUAAUUUAUAGAAUGCCAUUAUUCCUGUCUUCGUUGCAACGAUUUUUAAACUAAAUGUGAGUUAUGCUCUAUUGAAUCAAAUAGAACUUUUAAUGAACAACUCUUUACAUGUGAUUGCAACAUAGGAUAUUAUGAUUCUGGUGUUGAAAUUUGCUAAAAAUGCCACUAUUCAUGUUUAAACUGUAGUUCAGGAGAUUCUAAUUCUUGUAUUUCAUGUGUAGAUCCAAAAAUAUCUAAUAGAGCAUUCCAUAAUAAUACUUGUUAAUGUUUAUUCGGAUAUUAUGAUGAUGGUAAAUUAGUUCAGUGUUAAAAGUGUGAUAUUUAAUGUCUAAGUUGCAUAGAGUAAUCUUACUAGUGCUUAUCAUGUCCUUAAACUAGAAAUAUAUAAAGUAAUUGCAAAUGUGCAGAGGGAUAUUAUGAUGUUGGCUAGUAGCUUUGUUUAAAAUGUAAUUAAAUUUGUAUGUUUUGUGAAUUGAAUUCAAUUAACUGUACUUCUUGUUAUGUAGAAUAAUUUAGAAAGCUUAACUUAAUUAAUAAAACGUGUGAUUGUUAAAUUGGAUAUAUUGAAAUAAAUGGAGUCUGUUAAAAAUGUUAAGAAGGUUGUUUAACAUGCUCAUAAUCAAUUAAUUCUUGUACUUCUUGCGAAUAGCCACGAUACCUGAAGAAUAAUACUUGUGUUUGUACUGAUGGAAUGUUUGAAUCUGAUGUAGAUAAAUCAUGCAAAUUUUGCGAUAAAUCUUGUUUAACUUGUUAUACUUAAACUCAUUGCUUAACAUGCUCAAUGGAUAAUUAUAGAACAUUAUAAUUUGGAAAUAAAUGUGAAUGUUUAUAAGGAUAUUUUGAAAAUCCAACUACAAAGAAUUGUGAAUUAUGUGAAAAAUCAUGUUUAACUUGUUCUUUAUUACCUAAUAAUUGCUUAACAUGUGAUUCGACUCUUAAUUUAUCUUUGGUAGGCAAUUAAUGUUAAUGUUCACAAUCCUAUUUCUUUAAUUCUUUGAAUAAAUAAUGUGAAUGUAAUAAUUUAUUUAUAUCUAGAAUGCCAUAUUACUUGUCUAGAAUGUUCCAAUAAUAAUUAAUGUACUUUAUGUAGAUAAACAACCAGACAUUUCGAUUAAGACCAAAAAAAAUGUUUAUGUAAUAUUGGUUUUUAUGAGACUAACUAAUAAAAUUGUCUAUGUAUUCUAUUUUUUUUAUUAUUUCUAGAAUGCCAUUUUUCAUGUGAAACAUGUGAAAAUAUUAACACUUAUUGUUUAAGUUGCUUGGAUGUAUAUUAUAGAAUAUUAAUAAAUAAUAAAUGCUUGUGUUUGGAUGGCUAUUAUGAUGCAGGAACAGAAUUAUGUUAAAAAUGUGUUAAUAAUUGUAAAACCUGUUAAUACUCUGCCUCAACCUGUUUAUCUUGUUUUGAAAUUGAAUAAUUUAGAAUGCUAUAAGGAGAUAAAUGUAUAUGCAAACCUGGCUAUUAUGAUUAAAAUACUAAUAUUUGUUUAAGUAAUGAUAUUAAAUUUAUAUAGAAUGCUCAAAUGAAUGUUUAACUUGCAAUGGAUCAGCAAAUUAUUGUACAAGUUGCGAUACCAAUUUAAAACGAAUUGAUCAAUCAGUUAUUCAUAAAUGUCCUUGUAUUGUUGGAUUUUAUUCAGAUUAAGAUUCUAUAUGUUAAAGUAAUUUUAAGAUAUUGAUUAUUAGAAUGUCAUAUCAAAUGCUCGGCCUGUAUUAAUUAAUUUGAUUAGUGUUCAAGCUGUAAAUUUGAAUUAAAUUCAAAUCGACUGCCCAUUUCCGGAUUUUGUGAGUGUAAAGAUGGAUAUUUUGAUGAUGGAACACAACUUUAAUGCUAAAGAUGCCAUAUCAAGUGUAAGCUUUGCUUAAAUACAAUGGAUAAUUGUUUAAUUUGUUCAAAUUCACUAAGAAUCAAUUAACCAAUCUGCAACUGUAUGAAUGGAUAUUAUGAGGAUUAAUAAUUAGCUUGUUAAAGUAAGUCAUAUUAAAUAAAAAGUCUGUGCUCCUUAAUGUGAUACAUGCAAAAAUUCUCCCUCCAACUGUUUGAGUUGUAAACCAGGAAGAGUUGGAAAUGAUUGCGAAUGUAUUGAUGGAUAUUUAGAAAUGGGAUCAAUAUUUUGUGAAUGUAUUUUAUUAUUAAAUUUAUUUAGAGUGCGCAUUUCAAUGUUCUACUUGUACUUUAGAUUCUAAAAAUUGUAAAAUUUGUAAAGGUAAUAGAAUCUAAAUACCUUAAUGUAUAUGUCAAUCUGGAUACUUUGAUGAUUCAAUUAAUGAAGAUUGUUAAUAAUGCGCAAGUAAAUGUUUAGAAUGUAAUAUUGAUGGAUGUUUAUCUUGUUUUGCUAAUAGAAUACUAAAUGAGGAAAUGGAUUGUAUACCUCCACCAAAUUCAAUUUGGUAUGAUAAUACUCCUUGGUGUUCAAGUAAAUUAUUUCCAAUAUUAUAAAUAGCUUGCCAAGUCGCAGUUGUUAAAAUCUAUCUAUCUGAUGAUAUUAGCAAGAUUAUUAUUCAUUUUGAUUUUCCUUUGAAUUCAAAAGGAUUUUAGUCAUAAUUUUAACUUAAUAAAUGUUUGUAAUUAUUUGAAUAAGAAACUGUAUAAAGUUUUGGUUAUAAUGCUGUCUGUUACCUUAAUCCAAAAAAUAAUCAAGAACUAUUAAUUUAAUUAGGUGAAAGUUCAACAAUUAAUGUUGGAGAUGAAAUCUAAUUUAUAAGUAAUUCGAUAUCUCAUAUUGAUUGUGAAAAUUCUCUACAAAAAUUUAUAUUUACAGCUUUAUAGAUGCCAGUUAGUCCGCUUCUUCCUAAAAUAGUAUAUAAUGUUCCACUUCAUAAACUAAAUCCAUAGGCAGAAAACUAAGUAAAUUUAAAUGCACUCAAAAAUUAUGGAUUUCGAAAACUAAAUAAUCUAGAAUGGAGCUGUGAAGCAGUGGGAAAUGAAGAUACCUAAACUCUUUAAGAAUUCUUAAAUUAUACCAACCUUUUAUAGGAAUAUAAUCUAUUGAUACCUCAAAGUACUUUACCAUCUAAUUCAGAAUUGAAAUUUAUGAUUAAAUAUUCAAAUUUUAUUGGAAUUACCUCUGAAACAGAAUUUACACUAUUUACUCAUUCAGGAGAUCUUCCUUAAAUUAAUUUAAUUGUAAAACCCUAUUAUUUUGUUUAUGAAUCAAUUAAAAUUUCUGUUUCUGUUGGCAAUUUAGAUGAAGAUAAAACAAAAUAUUUAAUUUAACUCUAUGAAAUAGAUAAGAAACCUAAAAAAUCAAUAUCUUCAGGAUUAAAUAUAUCUACCGAAACCAACCCCUUUUAGAUAGUAUAUGGUAAUAUAGCAAAAUACACAUUAAGUCCAAAUACAACUUAUACAUUUUAAGUUUCGGCUAAAAAUUUGAAUUCUAAUCAAAUCCAAAAUUAAAUUUUCACAAUAGAUAUACCUUUUUCUGGAUUGAUUUGCAACUUUAAUAAUCAAGGAAUUUAGAGCAUAAGAAAAGAUCUUAAUCUUUUAAUUGAAUGCAAAGACUUAGAUACAAGAUAUGAAUGGAACAAAGAUCCAGAUUUGAAUAUUUAGGUUUCGUGUUAUGAUCUAUCCUUAAAUAGAACUUGCUAAAAUUAAUAAAAAUAAAUUAUUAAUGUGAAUAAAACUGAUUUUUUUUAAUAUAUCAAGAAGAAUACCAUACCUGCUUAUAAUGUUUAGAAAUGGACAGUUAAUGUUUAAAAAUUUGAAUAAACUUCUCAAUCAGAUUUAAUUAUAGUUUAUCUUGAUAAUUAUUUCCCUUAAUUAGAGCUUUAAUAUAAUGAGGGCUAUUUGAUGAGAAAGAUUAAUAAUUAUGAAAAGCUUAAUUUUACAUUUAUAAUUCCAGUUUAUUAAAAAGCUUAUUUAUUAGAUCUUUCUAUUACAAUUAUAUACAACUAUGAAAUAAUAGAGAUAAUUCAACCAAAAUAUGUUUCUUAUUCCUUUAAAAUAUUUGAUAGUAUUAAAGAAUUAAAUUAUGGAGACAGCGUUAAUCUAAAAUUUACAGCUUAAUAUACAAACAAUAUAAUGCCAAGUUUAAAUAAUAAAAAAUUAAGUAUCAAUUAGCCUCCUUCUUGUUCAAAAUUGUAUAUUACUCGCCCAAGUGACUUAGCGCUUACAAAUAUUUAAAUAGCAACUACUUGUUUACAAUCUGAUGAUUUUCCUUACAAGUAUUAACUUAGAAUAUUUUUGAGAGAAAUGCAUCUAAAAGAUUUUUUGGAAGGAUCAUCUGAUUAUUCCUUGAUUCUUUAACCGUUUCAAAAUUUAAAUUAAUUUUCAAUUCAAACGCCUUCUUCUGUUGUUUCAUCAAAAAUUGGAAUUUUAUUGUAAGUGCUUGAUAGUAGAGGAUCAAUUGCUUAACUUUCUGAGACAGUUAGAACAAAGCCAGCUAAAUUAAAUUGUUCUCUAAUAUAAUUUGAAAAUUUGAAUUUAUAAAGCAAAAUUUUAUUGUUAUUUGAAGCAUUGAAUCAAAAAUGUGAUUAAGUUCAUCAUUAAAUUUAUCUUAAUUUGCUCAAAUAAUAAAUCUUUACAGACUCUAACGAUAAUAUCCUUAAAUUUUAGGCAAUAAAAUUAUAUAAAGAAUUGUUAAUUACUGCAGGAUCUAAUUAGACAUAAAAUAGAAUAUUAACUGAAGAUACUCCAAAGUAUUGUUAUGAUAUAAAUUCAACCCAUUUAUUUAUUACUGCAAUUUCAACAGAAUAAGAUGUAAAUUUAACCUAGAAAAUUGAAGAAUUUUAAGAAAAUAUUAAUAAUUUAAACAAAACUCUUUAGAAUUUUAUUCGAAUGAAAAAGGAAAUUCAAGAAGAUGUUGAUGAGAAUUAUUUCAUUUGGAAUGAAGAACUUUCUCAACAAUAAUAAAACUGUGAAGAGGGUUUAAAAACUUUAUUAUUCUAUAUUGAUGAGAUUUAUUUUGAUAUUUCUGGUCUAAAUGUAAAAAAUGAAACUAUUUACCAAAGUAUUGUUGAGUUCUUGAAAUGUAUAAAUGUAAUUGUAGAUUAAAUACAAAAUACAAUUUUGGUAAACUCUAAACCUUUCGCUAUUUUUGGAAAUGAAAUUAUUUGGCAGAUUAAAAGAAAAACCAAAUAAUAUUUUAAUGAAUAUUUUAAUAUUGAAUCAUCUUAAGAAGACUAUUUGGUUGAUUUUGUUUAGUUUGAAUAAACAUAUUUUAAAUCAAAUCCGUUAAAAUUUUCAUCAGAAAUAGAAAGUCAACUUUAAAACUAAUUGAAUGACUCAACUUUAAUAGUUUAUCCAGAAAACUAUUACUAAUUUUAAUUAAAAAAUGCAUAUCAUAGCAGAUUUAUUUCAUAUGAAAAUUUUUCAUCAUAUUAUAACUCGAAUUUUUUUACAUAUAAAGUGUGUUCAAAUGAUACAUAACCAAUAUAAGAAUAUGAAAUUUAGUGUGUAAUGAGAACAUUAUCUAAGAAAUUUAAUUAAUGUCUAAUGAUUAAAGAUAAAAAGAAUGACACUUUUGAAUUUAAUUGUCAAUGUUAGAAUCUAGGUGAUAUUUUCCUAACUACAUCAACAAAUUUCAGUAAAGUAGACUCUACUAAUUAAUAAAUUGUCGAUCUUAAUGUUUAAUCAACUAUUCAAGAUGUACUAGUAUUAAGAAUAUGUACAAGCUCUUUAACACUAAUAUUUAUUAUACUUUAUAUUUAUCAAUUAAAAGAAGAUUGUUAAGACCAGAAUAAAGAAUUGUAAACUGAAGAAGGGAAUUUAUAAGGGACAAAUAUUCAAGAUAAGAAUCUUAUUUAUUAAGGCAAUGCUAAAGUAUUCAAAGAAAAAUUAAAGGUAAUUUUUAAAUAUUAUCAUUAGUAAAUCCAUCAAACUAUAUCUUUAUUUUAUUAUAAAGAAAAAACCAUUCAAUUAUGCUACAGGAUUUUAGAAGUUCUCUCUUAGUCAAAUUUAUUGUUAACCUUGGCAAUUAUGGAAUGUUAUUGGUUAGAAAACUAUAUUCUUUAAAUUUGUUUAUUUGCAAUAGCAAAUCCAAUUGUAAUUUUGAUUUUGAGAAUUCUUUAUAAGAUAUUAGAAUCGAUCUAUUUAUUUGGAAAAAUUGCAGCUCUUAUAAGUCAUUUGCUGCUAGUAAUUUUUUUGAUAUUGCCGGUCUCUAUUUUAUUUCUUUUAUAAUUAUUGAAGUAAUUUAUUAGAUUAAUUUAGUAUAUCUAUGCAGUCAGAAUAAUAUAAAGUUUUUAUUAUAUUUGGAGGGAAUAUAAUAAUUUCAUAAAUCCUUAUAGAACCAUUUACAAUCUAUGCUAGAAUAAUAAUUUAUAGGUUGAUAGCGCGUAGCAUAUAGAACAUGGAACUUAACCCCGCCUUUCAUUUAUUGCAUUUUUUUGCCAUGCAUAGCAUUUUAGAAGAUAGUUUUGAAGAUUUUACAAGAAUAUGA